UUUAUUCUCGUUCUGUUGUUGACAGCUCACAGGAAGUCCUGAAUAGCUCCCUGUUUCUCUUCAAGAAAAAAAAUAGCCUUUUCUUCUAUUUUUAGCUGAAAAACAAAGACUGUUACCACUUUAGACCAGCGAUAGUUGACAGAAAUGGAGGAAUAUCCUAACGGCAACGAGGGCUCCUUCAACUCUGAAGAAGCUGAUGGCGUUGUCAAAGAGUGUAUCGAGGCGGUCGUAGGCGGUGACGACUACAGUGCGAAUCAGGUGAACAAAUGGACCGCCAGCAUCGUGGAGCGCUGCCUCACGCAGCUGGUCAAACAGGGGAAACCGUACAAGUACAUCGUGACGUGUGCUGUGAUGCAGAAAACGGGAGCCGGCCUCCACACAGCUAACUCCUGCUACUGGGACACUGCCGUGGACGGAAGCUGCACUGUGAGAUGGGAAAACCGCACCAUGUACUGUGUGGUCAGUGUGUUUGCUGUGGCUAUCCCAUAAGAGACACACACACACACACAUAAGUGACCGCUGCUGCCAACAGAGGGAAGUGCAGUGUUUCUGUGAACAGCAGGGGGCCACCAAGUGCCAUACAGCUGUGUGGACACCUGGAAGCUUUACCUUUUAACCUCUAAAGGAAAAGUUGCAGAAAAUAAAAACAGUAUUUUCAGCCUUCAGAUGCAUGACAACAUCAUCAUCUUAAUGUAUUUAUCUUCUUAUGUCACUGCAGUGCUUUAGUAGUGUCCCAUUUAUCUCUCACUGACACCUGACAGCAGCUGGAAGCAUUCUUCUCUGUGUUUUUGUGAUGAUCAUUAUGUGUAUCAUGCCAACGAGAGAGAGAGGAUUUUUGUACUCUGAGGUGUUUUGCUUUAGGAAAAUAAACAUGAACACAUUUAUGAGCAAACA